UGCUCGAGCGCUUCGACCAACACCUUCCGUCGCCGACCGGUUUGGACAUCGGUUUGGAGCAUCCGCGGCAACCGGGACGCGUGGAAAACCUCGACGGGAAUCAUUACGAGCGAAACCGAGUGCGGAGGGAAAUGACCGAGGCACCGGGUGCGUUGGGUGCGCGGUUGUUGGGCGAGGUGCGGGGGAUGGGCGGUGGCGAGCUCUGUGUCGCACUCCGGAGGGAAUUGGUACCGCCAACACACCUGACGAAUAUUCCCGUGCUUGAUAGGAUAUUGUCCAUCGCCUUGGAUGCUGAACCAUCACCACCGCCAGAAGGCUUUCAACAGGCUCGACCAGCAAGGAACCGUUACGGCCCCGUCGUCGAAAUAACGAGCAUGAGCACCGCCUGCGGAAAGACACAUAUUCUCUACCACAUCGCGGCAUUAUCCACGCUGCCCGAGGAGCAUAACGACGUACCAUUGCACGGUAAACCGGCAGCCGUGAUCGUUUUUGACACCGAUGGUCGUUUCGAUGUCCAGCGGCUGCACACCAUUAUGAAAUCGCAUAUCCUCCGCUGCUACGGAGCAACAGAAAUCUCGGAUACCGAGUUGGAUACUGUGGCCAGAGAGGCACUAAACCAUAUUCAUGUCUACCGCCCACAGUCCUCACGGUCAAUGAUCGAGAUGUUGUCUGGCAUCCGUGGAUACCUGUUCGAGCCCGAGAACCAUUUCUCCUCCAGCCGCCGUUUGAACGCAAUUCUCAUCGAUGGACUAUCAUCCUUCUACUGGCAGGACCGGCACGCCGGAUCUAUCGAGAAGGAAAAUGGAUCGACAGAGUAUCAGGAUAUCUACAACACUCUCGCCCAGCGCAUCCGCGAGGUGUCGGCGCAGUUCGGUGCAUUCGUUGUGGUCACGAAUUGGGGACUGCAGAUGCUGGCUGACAGUACUGAGGAUGCGGGUAUGGGGAUGUCGUUUCGAUCGCACCUACCAUUGGCUUGGGCGAAGUUGGUAGAUGUCAAGUUGGUGGUCCAGAGGGAUGAUCCGGUUACGUUCAGAAGGGGUAUUUCGAUCGUUGGGGCACUACAGCAGAGGGAGAAGAACGCCGGAAAGAAGGAUAGAGAUUGCUUCUCUGGAUGGGUGGAUGUGCGCGCCUUGAGCGUGGGUAUCCAGGCCAAUUAUCACGGUCGAGAGACGACAAGAUUCCAUUACACCAUUGGGCACGACGGGAUUCAAUUCGAAAGUUAAGAUUGGCAACUUCUAUCUAUCUAAUGUAUGAUAUAAU